CCGAGUUGGGCCGCUGACAGCGUAGUAGAGCUGACAGUGCGCGCCAGUCCAGACACGCAAAUUGAACUCUCCUCAUCCCUUUCUUCAUCAGUUCGUUUUUAUUCACGAACUCUUUUUUUUUUGUUCCUCCAUUGUUCUUCUCUCCUUUUCACCGAAAACAUUUCGGCCUCGCCUAAAAAAAAAAAAAAAACACGAGUAAAUUACCAGUUCAUUUCCAAUUGAUUUUUCAUUUGGUGUUCGUUGUACCUGGGCUUAUCGAGAACUUCAAUCGAACGACGAAGUUUUCUGACAUCAUUGGCACCUAGUCGAGACUUUUGUUAACGCACACAAACGUGUUUCUAGUGUCUCGAAAGAAAACACGAAAAAGUGUAUGGCUGUUGUGCAAACGUGUAGUGUUUUGUGAUCUGUGAGUGUGUGUACUAGUUUUCUGGAAACGAAGUUGAAAUCGAGAAAAAACACAACGAUCUGACAGUAAAACUUUGUGAACAAAAAAAUAAAAUGUUUACUCACUCUUCUUCUUUGGUGACCUUGUCACUGUUGGCCAUGUCUUCAUGGCUGGCCUUCGCUUCGGCUGUUGGCCCGGUUAUGAACCAACAACCGACCAUUUUCGACCUGAUUCAAAACGAUCCCGAUCUCUCGGAAUUUUUCAACUUGAUUUCGCGGAACGAAUUGGUGCCUACGCUGCUCAAGUUCCGCCAGGCGACCGUUUUUGCUCCCAACAACGAGGCGAUGAGAGCUUUUACCGGACAAAAGGACCAAGACUUGCUGCUCUACCAUCUCGCUAACGUGGCCCUGACGACGGACAAAUUGGACCAAUCGGUUUCCAGCGAACUGCCUGGCAAUCCGCCGCUAUGGAUCGCCCGUCGUGAUGCCAGUUCCUACCAGUACGAUUUCUACAUCAACGAUGCCCGUGUCAUCCGUGGCGAUAUUAAAGCCAUGUCAACCAGACAGGACGAACAAGUACUGCACGUCAUCGAUAAAGUCCUAGAGCCAAUCAUGACUUCAGCUCGCGAUCCGCAACUCUCCAAUCCCGACGCAGCUCGUCUCCUCGAAAGAGCCGGAAGUUUCAAUUUAGGACCAUAUCAAAUCAGCGAUUUUGUCCAGCAAGUCACGUCGCACAAGAAGCUGUCCGUUUUUGCCACACCCGGACGCCACACGUUCCUCAUUCCGAUCAACCGCGGAUUCGAGGCCGUGUCACGUGACAAGAUCGACCCUAAGGUGAUUGACGGCCACAUUGUGCCCAAUGUUGCCCUGUUCAGCCGGCCAGCCAUCAGAGGUCGACCGGUUCAGACGCUUGCCUUCUCCGACAACCUCAAAGUCACCAUUUCCUUUAGCAACGAAUCACUGCCGUCGCAAGAAAUCGGAUCGCGAAUUUACGUGCAAUCCAAUACCCUGGUCGGCGAUUUCCAUCAUCCAAGAGGCGUCGUGGUGGCCCAGGUGGUCAAAGCCAACAUCCCCGUGCGCAAUGGUGUCGUCCACCUCAUCGACAAGCCUCUCAUUGUCAUCGAUAUUGACAUUGUCAACUUUCUCAAGUCCUUUAAGGUCUUUGAACAACGCAACGGGAUCCUAUACGAGUUCUACCGCAUCAUGAAGGAUUUUGCCACCAACUUUAUGGAGGGCAUCACGGGCGCUGGAGAAUUGACCCUCCUAGCUCCGUCUAACGAGGCCUUCCGCAAGCUCGGAGAAAAGAAUCUUAACGCUCUGUUGGCCAAUCAGCAAAAAUUGACUGAAAUCUUGCAACUUCACGUCAUCCGCAGGCGGCUCUCCUCCGAUGAGAUUAUCCAGAAUCCUCUCUUGUCUCACGUCGAGUCAGCUGACCGGCACCGACGGCUUUACUUCUCCGCCUUCGGACCAGAUGAUAACAUCACCGUCUCUGUGGAAGGAGGAGGCGUCAAUGCUACCAUCAUCCAGCCCGAUAUUGGAGCACUGAACGGCAUCGUUCACAUCAUUGACCGUGUCCUCGGCGUGCCCACUAUGACUGUCAUUGAGAAACUACAGUCAGAUCCCAUUAUGAGCAAAACGCACGCGUUGGCCAUCCAAGAUGAUUUCCUCGGUCGCAUGCAAGCGUACAGAGAUCCGUACAAUCCGAGGAUUCAGCAAAAGUUCACCAUGUUGGUGCCCAGUGAUGAUGCCUGGGAAGUUAUUCAUCGCACGAUGGGCUCGGCAUUCAAGAAACUCUUUAUGGGCGAAUAUUCGUACAAUGUGCGUCAAAUUUUGGAGCGCCAUUUGGUCGUCGGACAAGAAUUAAGCAUCAACAAUCUAACGAGUCAAGGCCGUGAUAAUUACCUACAAACGAUCCGCGGCAAAGUGAAGAUUGUCUUCGUCGAAAAUGGUGGAGAGAAUGGAGGGGAGCCAACGCGAGAGUACUUUGCUGAAUGGGAGAACAUUCGUGCUCGAGUGGUACGCCCGGAUGUCCAGUGUAUUGAUGGUGUGAUCCACGUGAUCGAUCACGUACUGGUGCAGCGCCGCGAGAUCUCCGUGUCUGGCUCCGAACGGUUCACCGUCAACGCUCUGCUCUUGUUGGCCAUCACUUUGACUGCUAUUUUCUGGAACGCCCGAGCACUUCAACAUUGAUGGGCUCUCUUAAAAAGCAGUGCGAACUGUUUUUUAAUGUGUUUUUUUUUUUUUUUUUCUCCUUACUUCCCUUACCCUUCGUCCAUCACAUUUAAUUUGACUAUCUUUUUUUUUUUUUAGCAUAUGAUUUUAUAUUUUAAUUUUUUUUUUUAACCAUAUAUCAAGCGUGUAUAUUUUAUUCGGCGUGUUCAUCAUUUCUUCAUUUUAAAUUGACGCCAUAAUUAGAAGAUAGAAUCUCACCAUUAAAGUAUGAUGAAAGAACAUUUAGAGGCGAGGAAUAGACCAUUUUUCAUUUUUUUUUUUUCUUUAAAUUUUUCAUUUUGUUGGCUGAUUCAUUGUCGCUUUUUUCUGAGUUGUACAAGAGUACAAAUUUCCUUUGUUUUUUUGUUUUUUUGCCGUUUUUCUUUUCUUAGUUGGAGUUUUUCAGUUGGCGGAAAAACAAAUACUCGUUUGAAUUUUUGACGUCUUUGAACGAAUUAAAGUCUGAAAAUUUUCUGUGUCUGACAUCAGGAGAGACGAAAUAAGAAACUUUGUUGUUUCUUUCUAACUUUCUAUCUUCAACUUUUUUAGUGUGUUGCGUGAACGCUGAUCACCAUUUCCUUUUAUCCCAUGUGGCUUCAUUUGCUAUUUUUCAGAAUGGGAUUCAAUGUUGAUUUGGUACGCCCUUCGUCUGGAGCGUGUAAAAAACCUGUUUUGAUUUUAUUAUUAUUAUUUUUUUAUCUCACAUUUGAAUUCUACCGUAUUCCGGAACUGCGUGCGCGCCCUCUUUGCCGCGACAUUUACAUUGUCAGUUCCAGCCCAUUUUUUUUUCCUUUACAAAGAGACACACACGACCGGAACAUCCAUUAUUAUUAUUUUUUUUUGUCCUUGCGUUUUGUUGGUCAGCUGGAACAUUUUUCUUUUUUUUUUAGUUCACUACCUCGUCGAUCAAUACAAUAUUGCGGUCUCUUUUAUUGGUCAAUAACAUGGUCACGAUUCUAUGCAUGUCAGAUUGUCCAAGUCGAUUUUAGACGCACUGAGUGACAUUCCAAUAUUUUGUUUAUUUUUCCUUCACUCGUUUGCCUUUUCAGUUUUUUUUUUAUCUACUUGCGUUGCGUUCAGCCAACCCAGUCACAAAUGCUGCCGUGAAUCAUAAUCCCAUCUCUCUUUUGUCUCACCCCAUCCAUCCCCCGUCGUUUACUCCGGGGAAAGUUUAAAGAAGAAGAAGAAAAAAAAAGUUAACAAGAAAAUCUAACUGAAACAUAUUAAUAUCUCCUGAUGAUUGCGAUGAGUGUUCAUGGUAGAGUUCUCUGCUUUAGAAAUAAAGAAACCAAUAAAAUGAAUGGGACAUGUU